AUGACGGGGAGUGUCAUCCCCAAUGUGGAGAAGAAGCCUGAAAUCAUUAUUUGCAAAAAAAUUGAGAGGAUCAGGUUUGCAAGUCUAAAUAAUCCAGCUGCAAAAACAGAAUUUUGGAGUGGGCUUUCAAAGCAUAAUUGGUCGAAGAGUUUUGCCUUCCCACCCAAGCUACUGCCAAAACCAGAACUAGAUUCCGUAGCAGAGAGGCCACUGAAAACCAUAGAGAAAUUGAUGCUGGAUCCCAGACUGGACUGUUUUCAGCAGAAUAUGCUAAGUCCCAAGAUGAUCAUUGGAGAUCCCUCAGUAGAUCUCAAAGUGCGGGAAAGCGGCAGGAUUCUAAGGAAGCAAAUAGGUGGUUGUCAGAAUCUUCGGUCUGUUGGGAAAGUCAGCUUGAAAAACAAGCCUUUAAGUAUCAAGGACAAGAUUUCAGAAUGGGAAGGAAAAAAGGAAAUUCCAUCUCCGGUGUCCCUGUGGAAGGAGGAGGACCAAAGUGUUAAAGAGGAACCCAAUCCAGUUUUGGGUGUGAUGGAGAAGACAGCUAGGAAUAAUGUUGCAAUGAGAGAAGUGGAUAAUAAGAGGCCCCCAAAUUACAAGGGUCCAAGUAAGGAGGAUGAGAAGCACGUUGGAACUUUUAAAAAUGCUGGGCAGCAUGUUGCAAGGAAAGUUGAUGUGAAAUCAAGGGAGGAAGAAUGUAAUUUCAAUGUGGGUAAAUGUACUGAGUUGAAGGACAGUAAAAAGGAAGUCCAGAAGGAGAACCUAUCUGUCUUGAGUCAGGUCAAGAAGCUGGAACAAGCCUUGAAGUAUGGGUCAGCUGAAGCCCAACCCCAGCUACCAGGUACUUACUAUUCUCCACACUGUCUGCAAGAGAAGACCGGUGAGGAUCAGGAGCCAACCGACGGCCAGGAAAGUACCAACCGCCUAGAAGUAAGUAAGUGGCUUCUUGGCUUGGAUACUGAAGCCAGAGAGCCCAUCUUUGGGACUUUGGAAGAGGUGAAAGCAUCUCGUGUGAAAUGCAGAUCUCGCAAUGAAGAAAAUGUGUACAUGGAGCCUGGCUUGCCAGAGAAGAAACCUUUUAUCAAUCCGCUUCCUAAGCCUCGGCGGACUUUCAAACAUGAAGGUGAAGAGGGGUGGAUUCCGCCUGCUCAGAAUAAGAGACUCCUACCCCCUCUCCCUUCUAUUCCACCCCCUCCUCUGCCUUCCUCGCCUCCCCCGUCAGCCAUUAGUAGAAGGCUGAGGAACGGAAAGCUUAAGGCUAACGCAGAUCACAGGAAGUCCUAUGAAUUUGAAGAUUUGUUGCAGUCCUCUUCUGAGAAUGGCCGAGUGGAUUGGUACGCUCAAAGCAAGAUGGCUCUAACUCGCACUUUAUCCGAGGAAAACGUCUAUGAAGAUAUUCUAGAUUUACCAGCAAAAGAAAACCCCUAUGAAGAUAUCGAGACAAAUAGUCAUUGCCUAGGGAAGAAAUGUGGCCUGAACUUUCCAGCAUCUCCUACUUCUAUUCCUGGCACACCCGCAAAGGUCCUCUCUAAGCCCAUCUUCUUUAGGCAGAACUCAGAACGCAGAAGUUUCAAACUGUUAGACAUACGGAAACCAAACCGGGAUGGAACUUACUCUCCUUCCAAAAUCAGCCCCCCUUCCACUCCUAGCAGUCCUGAUGAUACUUUCUUCUCCUUGGGUGAUUCUCAAAAUGGCAAGAAAAGAAGAAAAAUUUCCAAGCUGGUGUUAAAAAUCAAUGCCAUUUAUGAGGCUCGAAGAGGGAAGAAACGAGUCAAGAGACUGUCACAAUCUACAGAGUCUAGCUCAGGGAGAGUUACAGAUGAAAACAGUGAAUCAGACAGUGAUACAGAAGAAAAACAAAGAGCUCACAGUCAACGCCUUGUUCAUGUAAAAUCUCGCCUGAAGCAAGCCCCCAAGUAUCACACCUUGGAGAGAGAUCUGAUCGAGUAUCAAGAGAGGCAGCUCUUUGAAUAUUUUGUUGUAGUGUCAUUACACAAGAAACAAGCUUGCGUGCCAUAUGUCCCUGAAGUUACACAGCAGUUUCCAUUAAAGCUUGAACGCUCCUUCAAAUUCAUGAGGGAGGCAGAGGACCAGCUGAAGGCCAUUCCGCAGUUUUGCUUCCCUGAUGCAAAAGACUGGACUCCUGUUUCUCAGUUUAGCAGUGAGACAUUUUCAUUUGUCUUGACGAGUGAAGAUGGCAGCCGAAGAUUCGGAUACUGCAGAAGAAUACUGCCCAGUGGGAAAGGGAAACGUCUUCCGGAAGUUUACUGCAUUGUGAGCCGCUUGGGGUGUUUCAGCCUCUUCUCGAAGAUCUUGGAUGAGGUUGAGAAAAGACGUGGCAUCUCUCCUGCCUUGGUCCAGCCACUCAUGAGGAGUGUCAUGGAAGCCCCUUUUCCAGCCCUGGGUCGGACUAUCUCCAUCAAGAACUUUCUGCCUGGUUCUGGAACAGAAGUUAUAGAGCUGUGUCGACCACUUGAUUCAAGACUUGAACAUGUUGAUUUUGAGUCCUUGUUCUCCUCGCUUAGCAUCCGGCACUUAAGCAGAGUCUUUGCUUCCUUGCUGUUGGAGAGACGGGUGAUAUUUAUAGCAGACAAACUCAGUACCUUGUCCAAAUGCUGCCAUGCCACAGUGGCCCUUCUUUACCCCUUUACCUGGCAGCACACUUACAUCCCAGUACUUCCCCCUUCAAUGAUUGACAUUGUCUGCUCACCAACCCCCUUUUUGAUUGGCCUGCUCUCCAGUUCCUUGCCCCGCCUCAAGGAGUUGCCAGUUGAAGAGGUGAGGUCCUUGUGGUUGACCUUGUUAAUAACCGGUUCCUUAGACAGAUGGAAGAUGAAGAUUCCAUUUUGCCCCGGAAGUUGCAAGGAGCGCUUGAACACAUCCUGGAACAGAGAAAUGAACUGGCAAAUGACAAGGAGGAAAUCACACUCAAUGGCAAACAGGAAGCCAGCCCUUUGAAUGAAGUGGUGUCAGAAGCU